AAAAAGGUGAAGAUGGCUAAGCAUGUCAUUAAGUUGGAGUCCGUUCCUGAGGAACAAAUCGACAUUACAAGUGCAGAAGUCGUUCCUGAUGCAUCUAACGAAAUUGAGGACCCUGAUGCAACUGAGUAUUCAAGUUCGUUUGCUGAUACCAUCUCUGAUGCUGAAAAUGGUUCAGAAGGGAAUGGCGAUGAAGUGCAGUCUGAGCUCUUUGGUGAGAAUGGCAUGGCAUGCCCCCAGGAUCCAUUUGGUCCUGACGUCCCAACAAGGUGA